UAAUUUGCAUACUUAAUAAUUGCUUUUGAGCAAAGACAAUAAAGUUUAUUCUCUCACCGAAUAAAUAAAUAACUCAGAAAUCAAAUAGCCCUCAAUAUUCUCAGUCGCCGGCGAUCGGAAUCCUAAACUAUUCCGGAAGUUCAUCAGUGAUCGCCAUUCUGUUGUAUGAUUUGGGUAAGAUAAUGGCGGACAUGCCAGGUUAUUUCAGAAUGUGCUUUUACACAGGGAGGCUUGCGUGUUUGGCAAUGUUAGUAUCUACAGGGAUUGUGUUGCAAAUACUGGCAUGUGCUUUGUACAAUAACUGGUGGCCAAUGUUGACAGUUAUAAUGUAUGUCAUUCUGCCUAUGCCGUUGAUGUUCUUUGCCGGUUCAGAUACUUCCAGACUCUACUCCGAAUCUGGAAGCUGUUGGUUAGAUGCAACUAAGUUCUUGACUGGAACGUCCACCGUUGGCAGCAUUGCAAUUCCGAUUAUCUUAAAGCAUGCUGGUGUAAUAGGUUGGGGAGCCAUGGCAUUGGAGCUCUCAUCCUUUUUUGUUUUUGUACUGUCCAUCUUGUGUUAUCUUGGGUUGAGUGAAGUCGACGGAUACAGUAUGUUCUGAGAUUGGCCUUGGACUGCUUCCUUGCUUUGUUUGUGUGCCACAGAAUAUCGAGCCUCAACUUUGCCGUUGCCUCUUGUAAUGUUUUGCAUUGUAAAUAGAAAUAUUGUUGAUAAAUUAUUGGCUGUUAUAAGUCAAAACAUAUUCCAUACGAGCUGCAUUUGAUGUUUAUACUUGUUGCAGGAUCGAUUCAUUUUUUUAAAUUGAAAAUUCGGUUGUGUAAUAAAUGUUCCAUUUGUGAGAAAAA